UGUGCAAAGCUGGUAGAGACAUACCCCAAAAAACUUGCAGCUGUAAUUGGAGCGAAAGGUGGUUCUACAAAGUAUUGACUCAGGGGGGCUGAAUACUUUUGCACGCCACACUUUUCAGUUUUUUAUUUGUAAAAAAAUUUGAAAACCAUGUAUCUUCACUUCACAAUUAUGCGCCACUUUGUGUUGGUCUAUCACAUAAAAUCCCAAUAAAAUACAUUUACGUUUGUGGUUGUAACGUGACAAAAUGUGGAAAAGUUCAAGGGGUAUGAAUACUUUUGCAAGCCACUGUAUACUGUGUGUGUGUGUGUAUACAUACAUAUAUAUAUAUAUAUGUUUCAAAUCAGUCAGCAUAGUCAGCAGCAAAGAUGGUGAUCUAUCUAGUCAGCAUAAAGAUGGGUCUGAGGUUAAUAUGGAGGGUUAGUCUAAUUAUGUGUGGGGUCACAAUAGAGCCAGGGGAAUAGACUGAAGUUAUAUUUUCAUUCUCAUAUAAUAUCAGUUAUCCAGUCGAAAUCUGAGGCAUGUAUUCCAUUAACAGCAUUGCAAACAUCUGGAAUAAUUGUACUUAUUAGUAGAAAACAAGGAACUGCAGAUGCUGGUUUAAAAAAAAAGACGUCAACCAUCACUUGUGGGACGACAGAUGGCGCAAUGGGCUAAGUGUUCGGCUGGCGACCGGAAGGUAGCCGGUUCGAAUCCCGCCUGGAGUGCAUACUGUCGUUGUGUCCUUGGGGCAAGACACUUCACCCACCUUUGCCUGUGUGUAAAAUGUAAUGUAAUUAUGUGAAGCACUUUGGGGUCAAUGCAAGUUGACUAAAAAUGUGCUAUAUAAAUAAGAUUAUUAUUAUUACUUAUCCAUGUUCUCCAGGGAUGCUGCCAGACCUAAUAAGUUACUCCAACACUUUUGUUCCACAAUGAUUAUUUUGUCCCAAUUAUUAUAUCAUAUCAUGUUCAUAUCAUGGACAAUGUGUUUAUUAGGUUUUAGUUUUAAAGGUACAGCAUGGAAACAAGUCCUUCUGCCCACCGAGUCCACAAUGACCAUCGAUCAUCCAUUCACACUAGUUCUAUGUUACACCACUUUCUCAUCCCCUUGCCAAGCUGUGGGGCUGGAUCUCGCUGCUGUCUCCAGAAAAAGCUCUGCCCCUGGUGUACUGGUGGUUGGCAACAGCCUGGUACCAGUUAACAACGGCCAUCUCCUUGAUCGAUGUCUUUACUCUGUCCAGAUAAACACAAAAUGCUGGAGUAACUCAGCAGGUCAGACAGAAUCUCUGGAGAAAAGAAAUAGGUGACGUUUUGGGUCAAGACCCUUCUUCAGACUGAGAGUCGGGGGGAAAGGGAAAUAAGAGAUAUAGACAGUGAUGUAGAGAGAUAUAGAACAAAUGAAUGAAAGAUAUGCAAAAAAUGUAACUAUGAUAAAAGAAACAGGCCGUUGUUAGCCGUUUGUUGGGUGAGAAAGUCUACAGACAAUGAGACUCAUCAAGACGACUUUGAAGCUGGUACAACAUGGGUGGGGGAGGGAUGGAGAGAGAGGGGAUGCAAGGUUUACUUGAAGUUAUAGAAAUCAAUAUUCAUACUGUUGGAUUUUAAACUGUCCAAGCAAAAUAUGAGAUGUUAUUCCUCCAAUUUGCAUUUGGCCUCACUCUGACUAUAGAGGAGGCCCAGGACAGAAAGGUUAAGUGUGGGAAUGGGAAGGGUAAUUAAAGUGUUUGGCAACUGGGAGAUCAGGUAGGUCCAGGCAGACUGAACGCAGUGAGUGGACUGAGGCGACUACAUACCUUGAAUGUUACUUGCUUCAGUGCAACCUUUCUGCCUCUGCAGGUGUUGGCCUCUUGAUGUCAUCCAGAGAUAUCUGGUCUCGUGCCGAGAAGCCAGACGUGCUGGAAAGCACUCAGGCUACAGCUCAUGGCGUAAACCGGCAGUGGAUAAAAACAGGAUGACUAAUGGAGAAGGGACGGGGCCCGAAAGAAACUUUGUACCCACUGAUAAAAUUCCUCUCAGAGGCCCCGUGUACAAGCACACCCAGGUCUCGUUGCACCUCCCUUUUUCCUAAUCUGAUACUAUUCAGCCACUUUAAAUUAGAAUCAUGUGGAGGUGCAUUUGUGGAAUUGAAGAGUCCCUUGCAUCAUCAGAGGCACUGAGCUGCAGGUCUACUACAGGUAAGUAUUUGGUGGCUGGUUUAUCUGAGCAGCUGGCUCAGUAUGGACAGCUGGUAGUGCAGCUCAUAGACCAAUAUCCGGACAAAGAGACCCAGCUACAAGUGAGAGAUGAACACCUUAAGUUACUGGAAGACCUCAAGGUAAAACUCCGUGAAAACGAAGAAGCAUUAUUGGAAAAGACGCAACUUGUCGAUGUGUUGCAGAAAAAGCUUAAUAGGAAUAAUCGGGAUCUAGCGUUGCUGGAAGACUUCAACGAAAAACUCUGGGAAAGGGAAGAGGAACUGCGAGAAACAACAGAACACGUGAAAGUACUGCAGACAAAGCUGGAAAGGAAGAAUUGUGUGAUAAUGGAGUUAGUUGAAGAUGUAAGAAAGCUUGAAGAUAAGAAUGAGGACCUGGACAACAAGUAUUACGCUGAAGAUUACGCCAGCCAUAUCAAGAUCUGUGGUUUGAGGGCGACCCAUAAAGCUGAAUUAACAAAUCUCAAAGAACAAGUGACGCUUCUGUACCAAGAGGCUGCAAGAUCAGAGGAAAGUUCCAAGUCAAUGGAAGCUUCAUACCUGUCUAAAAUCGAGCAGAUCCAAGAGGAGCUGGACAAUGUACAGCUUGUUUCUGCUCAGAAGCUUCUGCUGGAGCACAAAGAUGCGGAGAUUGAUUAUGAAGAGGAGGACGACCAGUUAUACCUAAAAGUGAACUGGCCACAAUACGUCGAGGCACAAAAUGAGAAGCUUCAAAAAAUAUUGGAAACAUAUGAAGAGCAAUACCAGAACAUGCAAAUAAGUGAAUCUGAAUCUGCAGAGGAACUGGUGAAGUGGCAAGAAACGGAUUAUAAACCAACAACGAGCCAUGACAACAAUGAGUGGACUGUGAUGGAAUUAAAGAUGAAUCAAGUUGAAGAAAAAAAAGAAGAUUUGAUCUCAGAACUGCAGGAGCUAGAGGAGGAAGUGGGGGAUCUUCAGAUACAAGGACAGGGUCAAGGAUGGACAACGCAGGCCACAGCUGGCCAAAAGCUUAUGGAAAAGGAAGAACUGGAAAGCAUGCAACAAUCAACACAGCAGGAGCGCAGAGAGCAAGAUCCGUCCUGCAAGAAUGAAUUGGCUGAGCUAAGACAUGUCAGACCAGCGCCCAGGAAGCAAACCAUAGAAAACGAAACAUACGAGGAAUAUGAGGAGGCUUUUGAGAAUGACUCAAUUGAAAAGGUGGUGGUGGCACGGAAGGCGAAGAGGCGAGUGAAUUUUUUCAAACGUAUAUUCACCUCUCGAAAAUGAAGACUUCACGAUGCAUGUUGGUGUUGAACCGGCCGACCCCUGUACGGAGCCAGUUCAGGGCGACCCACUCGUUCCAGGGCAUGUCCGAGCCAGGUGUGGCUGUGGUGUUUGGUGCAACAGUGAAUUGAGGAGGUCGGGAAGUCUGUUCCCAGCUGGUUCUCCAAGCUCCUAGUGUGUUGAAACCAGAGCCACAGAGGGUGGCUGCGUGACGGUAGAUGGGGCGAUCAGAUGACAGGCGUUGAGGUCCCAGUUGCUGUGCGUCGUGGGCGAGGUGGUGCAAAGGAUGUUUGGUGUCCGUUCCCUGAAGAACUAGGACAUUUCCGAUGCCCUGGUAUGGAAUGUCUCAUCCUGGGAACUGAUGCGGCGUAGGCGGAAGAAUUGAGAGUAGGGGAUGGAGUCCUUACAGGGUCAGGGUGGGAAGACGUGUAGUCCAGAUAGCCAUGUGAGUCAGUUGGUUUAUAGUGUAUGUCGGUCCGAAGUACACAAAAUGCUGGAGAAACUCAGUGGGUCAUAAUCCUCCGCCACUUCCGCCACCUCCAACGUGACCCCACCACUCGCCACAUCUUCCCAUCCCUCCCCUUUGUCUGCCUUCCACAAAGACCACUCCGUCCGCAACUCCCUUGUCAAUUCUUCCCUUCUCUGCCGUACCACCUCCUCCCCAGGCACUUUCCGUUGCAACCGCAAGAAAUGCAACACCUGUCCCUUCACCUCCCCCCUUGACUCCAUUCAAGGAGCCAAGCAGUCAUUCCAGGUGCGACAAAGGUUCACCUGUAUCUCCUCCACCCUCAUCUACUGCAUCCGCUGCUCUAGAUGUCAGCUAAUUUACAUCGGGGAGACCAAGCGGAGGUUGGACGAUCGUUUCGCCGAACACCUCCGCUCAGUCCGCAAUAACGUACCUGAACUCCCGGUGGCUCAGCACUUCAACUCCCCCUCCAAUUCCCAAUCCGACCUCUCUGUCCUGGGUCUCCUCCAUUGCCAGAGUGAUCAACACCGGAAACUGGAGGAACAGCACCUCAUAUUCCGCCUGGGGAGCUUGCACCCUGGGGGCAUGAACAUUGAAUUCUCCCAGUUUUGCUAGCCCUUGCUGUCUCCUCCCCUUCCUUAACCCUCGAGCUGUCUCCUCCCAUCCCCCAGCCCUCGAGCUCCUCCUCCUCCUCCCCUUUUCCUUCCUGCUCUCUCCCCCCCCCACCCCCAACCCGCACUAGUCUGAAGAAGGGUUUCGGCCCGAAACGUUGCCUAUUUCCUUCGCUCCAUAGAUGCUGCUGCACCCGCUGAGUUUCUCCAGCAUUGAGUGAUGACAGGAGAGAAUUCUGCAGAGGAAAAGGCUGCUGACAGGAACCCAUCAGCGCCUGGAGCUUUCCAAAGAUUAGUGGUUUCCUGUUUGACAGAACGAGUAUGAUUCUUGUCUGUCUCUUUGAAGUGGCCGUUGGCCAGGAGCUGGUGAGCGACGGAGUUGGCCGUGACAGGGCAAUGCUUUGGGCGGGUACUUAGACCUGUGAGGCGAUUGAAGGUCUUCCAAGCCACCCUACUGGAGUGUGUGAAGUUGAUUCCUUGGACUGUCUCUUCCCACCACUCUGCGCUUCUUGUCAAGGCGGAUUGUUAGGUCCGUAGCCUUGGAGACAGCCUCUUUGCCAAGUUCAGCGUCCAGGAGUGCGUCGUAGCAUGCGUCACACUCUUCGUCCCAUGUGGGGAUGUACCGGCAAUGAUAGCUACGAGGAAUGGAACUCUUUGCUGCCCUAAUGUGUUUACAGAAGGCCAAGUAGGCUUUGUCCAGAGAGGUGGGGGUGGGAAAGCUGUCGAUCCAGAAGUCCACCAGACUUGUGAACUGGUCCCACCUGGUCUUGCGGAAUUUCCAACUCUUCGCAGGUUUGGUUGCGACCGGCUCGAUGAGGUUGUCCGGGAUAAUCAUAGAUGGGGAUGUUGUGAUUUCGGGAAGUGAUCCAGGAUGAUACGGUGCGAGGAUGGUCCAUUCAGGUUUGCAAAAGGCAAGUCAAUGUUGGUAGUGAUGUUCCACCUGCCAGAGUGGAAGCUGUCCGGUUGUUUUGGGUCGUACAGGAGUUGAACGGAAGUAGCUGAGCCCCAGUCUGCUAGUGCAGCGGCAUCUGAGUUAGUUGAACGGUAGCCCCAGGUGGUGCUGUGGCAGUUAAAUUCUCCGGUGUAGAUGCAUGGCGAACCAAAGGUGGAGCUUGGUAGAAUUUGGCUUGGAAACAUUGAAGACCGUGACACCUUCGACUUGCCUUGUUGCCCAUUCCACGUCGGAGUCAGGAGGAGACACUGCAAUCUCUUUCCAUUUUGCUGUGUUCCUUACGAAAGUGGUAAUCCUGUGGGUGUCACUCUUGGUGUAGGCCGCUUGGUUAUAAAGCUCUAAAUGCAAAAUUACAGAUAUUUUUGAGGUGUUAGGAAAUGUUAUUUAACUCUGCUCCUUGGGAGUUAGGAUAUCAGAGAGAGAUUAUAUUGAGAGAUUAUAUUUCUGCUUCGAAAUGCAUUUGUACAUUUAAAGUGGUGCUGCAGAUUUGAGGAAAGCAUUGAGUACAUUAUAAAUAUAAUUUAUCUAUUAAACUACUCUCAUGUUCGUUAUGUUGCCAUUAGGGUACAAUUUAGAAAUGCACUUUUGUUAAUUAUUUUGUUUGACAAAGUUUUUAUUAAAAGUUACAAUUCGUUUUGACUGUUUUAUCACCUGUAUGUAUAUUUGAGUGAAAAUCGCGACCAAAAGAUGGCCUGAAAUUGUGUUACAUGUUUAAUUGUGCCAUAACGCCACUGCCAUAAUGUCUCUAGUAUAGUGGCUACCAGGGGUAUUUAGUUGCACCAUGACUCGCUGCACUUCUAUGGUAACACAAGUAUGCUGGCCACCAGCAUUAAGGAUGUCACACCCCAGCCACUCCGCCCCUCUACCAUCAGGCACGAGGUAUUGAAGUUUGUAAACACACACCUCCAGAUUGAGAGACUGUUAUCCCGCUGUUAUCAGGCAACUGAACCAUCCCACCAAUAAUUAGAGAGCAGUCCUGAGAUACUUUCUACCUCAUGGGAGACUCUGACUAUCUUUAAUCGGAGUUAAUCUUGCACUAAAGAUUAUUCACAUUAUUCCCUUUAACAUCUGUACACUGUGGGUGGUU